AUUAUUCGAUUCACGUAAGGCUAAGAAGAAUUUUUUGAAUCAAAGAUGGGUAGGGUUUUUAUGGUUGAUCUGGAGGGGAACAUCUACAUCUGCAAACUCUGUAAGACCCAUCUCUCUACAGAACAAGACAUCAUCUCUAAGUCUUUUCAAUGCAAGCAUGGAGGAGCUUAUCUCUUCAAUAACGUUGUAAACGUAUCGGUUGGAGUGAAAGAAGACAGAAUGAUGAUAACUGGACUACACACCGUAGUUGACAUUUUCUGUGUUGGUUGUGGAUCAAACGUUGGCUGGAAAUACGAGUUUGCACAUGAGAAGAGCCAGAAGUACAAGGAAGGAAAAUCUGUUCUUGAAUUAUACAAGAUUUCGGGUCCUCAUGAUAGCAACGACUUGAGGCUAUCAGACUACUUGGAUACUGCAAUUGGGCGCAACAACAGCUGGAGUGUUCCGAAGUUGUUGGAGUAUGCGAAGCUUCUUGGAUUCAGACGAAGAUGCAACGCAAGACACGAUCAGAUCACUUCUGCUUCAGUAGCAUGUUCGAAAAUCUUCACCACCUUCACUGGAGAUACUUUGUGGACAUUUGUCAUGGUCGCCAUCACCCGAAAGAUCAUGGUCUGCUUCGAUUGUAGUGCGAAGAACCCGACAUGGGCAUCAAUCACGUACGGGAUAUUUCUCUGCAUGGAUUGUUCAGCUACUCAUCGGAGUCUCGGUGUUCAUAUCAGCUUCGUCAGAUCAACGAAUUUAGACUCAUGGAGCUCUGAGCAGCUCAGGUCAAUGAUUUUUGGGGGCAACAACCGCGCUCAGUUGUUUUUCAAGGAACAUGGAUGGACCGAUAGUGGCAAAACCGAGGCUAAGUACACUUCAAGGGCUGCUGAUUUGUAUAAGCAGAUUCUUGCUAAAGAAGUUGCUCAAGACACUAAUUCUGCUCCAUUUUCCUCAUCUCUCGUUGUUACUUCUCAGCUACCGGAAGCAUCUAAUGCUUCUGAUGUCAAGGAAGAGUUACCUCCUAAUGAAACUUCUUCUGUCAAACUUGAAGCUACGAAAGCUUCUAAUGCAGUUAUUCGCAGUACGUUUAAGAAACAUAUUGGUGCGAAAAAGAUGGGAAAAGUUGGUGGUCUUGGUGCUCGGAAGCUGACUAUUAAGCCAAAUGAAAGUCUCUAUGAGCAGACACCGGAAGAAUCUGCACCAUCUUUAACUAAUAACAGCGGAACCAAAUCAUCAUUUGCUUCUCGGUUUGAGGACAUUGACGACGACUCACAUUCUGGAGGAGAAAGUGGUGGUGGUACACUAGUGCUUAGCCACGUUGCUGAACCACCAAAGUCAUCAUCAAGCUCCAGCUCCACUUCUUCCAACAAAUAUGCUGAUCGUGAAUCUGAUGAGGAGGUCUCGGAGAAGAAAGGUUUAUGGUCGUCGGUAGUGAACAUAGCGGUACAAAUGAAGAAGGCGCUCACUACAAGACGUCCUCCAAUAGAUAUUUAUUUUAUCCGUAGCGAAGUGACAGAGGUAAUGGAGAAAUUGCAUGCCUCCGAUGCUGAAACCAUCCCUCGUGCCACCCGUAUAGAAAUGGUCAACCAAUUGAAUUGCUACGUCAUAAUGUCAUAUUGGCGUCUUUGCGAUGAUUAUGAAUACGGACCCAUAAUUGAGAGUUGCCGAAAGGAUGUGCUGCUCUUAUUGAAUGAGAUAUAUCCGCCGGUAAUAGAUACGCCGGAAAAUUAGUUCCAGCAACAAGUCGGUCUAAUUAACAAAGGACUAGAAAUUGGUAUGCUUUUUAUUUGGUCCUAUGUGUAUGCAAGUUUGUUUGGGUACUAAACACACUGUGUAGUG